GAGUCAGUUACGAAUAGUAAUUAUCUUUCACUCAUGAAUGAACUAGUACUUAUUACUGUAUCUAUUUUUCUGAGAAAAAAAAAAAAAAAAGAGUAUAAGUGGACCAAUACUACACAGGAUAGAAUUUCCGGCAGACUUAAAAUAAUCCAAAAAACUGAAAAAGCUUUCUUCUUAAACCCCAUAACAUAAACCCUAAAUUACUCUCAACCUCACUCUCCAGCCUCCAAAAACAAAAGCCCUAGUCUCCUAUAUGAGUCGUAGUAAGAACAAUGAGGCCUCAAUGAGCCAAAGCACUAAGAUCCGCUUCGAAGACGCGGACGAAGACUUGACCACUGAGAGCUCAUAUCUCGGGGAGUCAACUGUAGUCGGCGACGACAAAGGCAUCGCAAUUGACGACGAGUCCAUGGGGGAGGCUGAUGUCUCCUGUAUCGAUGAUAAGACCAGCGCCGAUUAUUACUUCGAUUCCUACUCUCAUUUCGGCAUUCACGAAGAAAUGCUUAAGGAUGUAGUGAGAACUAAGACAUAUCAAAAUGUUAUUUAUCAGAAUAAGUUUCUAUUUAAGAAUAAAGUUGUACUUGAUGUUGGUGCUGGCACUGGAAUUUUGUCCCUUUUCUGUGCAAAAGCGGGGGCAGCUCAUGUUUAUGCAGUUGAGUGCUCUGCCAUGGCUGACAUGGCAAAAGAGAUUGUUGAAUCAAAUGGGUUUUCAAAUGUUGUCACAGUUUUGAAGGGAAAGGUUGAAGAGCUUGAGCUGCCAGUUGCUAAAGUUGAUAUUAUCAUUUCAGAGUGGAUGGGUUAUUUUCUAUUAUACGAGAAUAUGUUAAACACAGUUCUCUAUGCUCGAGAUAAAUGGCUUGUUAAUGAUGGAAUUCUUCUACCAGAUAAAGCUUCCCUUUUUAUAACAGCUAUUGAGGAUGCAGAAUACAAAGAAGAUAAGAUUGAAUUUUGGAAUCGUGUCUAUGGUUUUGACAUGAGCUGCAUCAAGAAGCAAGCCAUGAUGGAACCUCUUGUUGACACAGUUGAUCAGAAUCAAGUUGUCACUAAUUGCCAGCUACUCAAGACAAUGGACAUCUCUAAAAUGGCUUCAGGGGAUGCUUCCUUUACAGUGCCUUUUAAGCUUGUAGCAGAACGAGAUGAUUACAUCCAUGCUUUGGUAGCUUACUUUGAUGUAUCAUUUACUAGAUGCCAUAAGUUGAUGGGUUUCUCUACAGGUCCAAGAUCGAGGGCUACACACUGGAAACAAACAGUUCUCUACCUAGAAGAUGUGCUAACAAUAUGUGAAGGGGAAGCCAUAACUGGGAGCAUGACUGUAGCACCAAACAAAAAGAAUCCUCGUGAUAUUGAUAUAAUGGUCAAAUAUGCAUUGAAUGGUCGGCGUUGUGCGGUGACAAGAACUCAGUAUUAUAAGAUGCGAUGAUGUACAUCUAAGAUGUCCUCCAAAAUUGCAGGCAUUGGUGCCUGAGCAUGGCCCUCAAACAGUACCAUAUCAGUAUCUAGUAAGUUGCUUCCAUUUGGAAGCUUGUGCACUCAUUUGCUUUAUUGUGGGGUUGCUUUCCCUGAAAAUGCAUACGGGCUGCAAGCCGAAUCCCAUUUGACAUGCUAAGGCGAUCGAGGAUGUAAUGCUAAAAUUUUUAAAAUUUAUUUCGAAGACUUGUUUUGUUUAAAUAGAUGUUUUUGAGCCUCGGCUGCUCUUGCUUUUA